UCCUUAGCACAACACUGGUCUACAUCGAUCAAUAGCUUUAUAGUUAUCCUUCCCUCUCAUAAGCUCAAACAAACGCUGGUCAAGUGCUCUUCAAGAUCGGCGCAUCGAUCAUAUCUAUCGCCAUGGACAUGGACAUGAGCUCGGCUUAUCCUCACCAUUGGCUCUCCUUCUCCCUCUCUAACAACUACCACCAUGGCCUCCUUGAGGCCCUCUCUACCACAUCUGCACCUCCACUUGGAGAGGAGGGGCCAGCGGAGGGCGCUCCGAAGAUGGAGGAUUUCCUCGGCGGCCUAGGCGGAGGCGGCGGCGCCGUCGCCGCCGCUCCGGCAGCUGCCCCGGAGGAUCAGCUCAGCUGCGGCGAGCUUGGUAGCAUCGCCGCCGGGUUCUUGCGCCGGUACCCAGCGCCUGAGAACGCCGGCGGGGUGACCAUCGCAAUGGCGACCGACGCGGCGGCGGAGCUGGCCGAUCCGGCGAGGAGGACCGCCGAGACGUUCGGGCAACGGACGUCCAUCUACCGUGGUGUCACUAGGCACCGGUGGACGGGGAGGUACGAGGCGCACCUGUGGGACAAUAGCUGCCGCCGGGAAGGCCAAAGCCGCAAAGGCCGCCAAGGUUUGUGCAUGCAUGUCAUAACCCAUAUCCAACAAAUUAAUCUGCAAAUUUUAGCAUAUGGACGUUACAUUGUUGAUCACUAAUUAAUCUGCUUUUCUUUUGCUUCCCUGACAUAGUCCUGUAGCAGAGAAACUCAUGUAUCACCAGUGUUUCUAAUUCAAGCUCAUUUUUUUAACUA